AUGGAAGCUAAGCAUGGAGAGAAGGCCACUGAUCGGAAUCCUCUCAGCCUCUUUGACCUAAGUGCGGCGGUGGUCACCUCUAUCAUGGGGCACGUGGAGAGAGAAGUGUGGGCACUUCCAGGCCCUAUACUCCAGAGCAUCUUGCCUAAGCUUAACAUCUACUACCUGGCGCGAAUUGAGGAGAUUGCUGUGAAAAAAGGAUUGUCAACUCAACCUAUAUGGUGCAAGUUCUGGUGUGACAUCAUGAAAACGAGACCAUCCAGGUUUGAGAGCGUUAAGUGCUGGCGGAAGAAGUUCCUUGAUUCUUUCUUCUCAAAUGUGCUGCGUGGGGUCUUGGACGUGUCUUCAGACCAGCGCCUGAAAGAUCCUUGCUUUUUGCCCUUACUAUCAACUUCACAGCAUGUUAACCAGCUUACCAUCUACAACAUGCUGGAAGGAGUAGCAGAGCUGAUGGCCAAACACAACAAGGGGGUUCUAGAAAAUUUGGUUCUCUCACUCAGUUCCUUGCGAUUCUGUCACUUGCUCUCCUCCAGUCAGUCUACUAGACAACAGCUGAGUUUGCUUCUUCAUCGCCUAAUUCAUCAUGGGGCUGUGAACUGCGUAUCUAUGAACUCGUGGCCUAAUCCUGACUCGUCCCUUUUAGUCCUAAUCCUGAAAAUGAGCGCUGGGGUUUGGCACCCAGGAAAAACACCUGUAAAUCAAGCAAGCCUUUGCCACCUGUGCAGGGAGACAUCUGCUGAUCAGAGCCAAAAGGUAGACCAAGAACAUGAACCUCAUUUGGGCUCAAGCCGACUGUUUCAGAGACUAACAACUGGCCAGCAUAGUGACAAAGAUCUGAGAAAUGAGAGAGUAUUACCCAGCAUGCCACCAGGCUUUGAAAAUGCUGUAGAGCUGGCCAGCAGCGAGACUCUUAAUGUUGUAGUGGACUGUCACUUGAAUAGCAGUCCUUCACAAAGCAAGAUGCAGCACAGCACACAUUCAGGGAGUUAUAAUGCUGAAAAAGGACCUGUUAGGCUUUCUUCAGCAAAAUCGUCUCAAGAUGACUCUCCUUUAGAGCAGUGUCAGAAGAGGGGAAAGGGUGUAAUGAAACGGAAGCUCGGCUGCCAUCAGAAGACCAGGAAAGGCACUGCAGACUCAGAUGACCUUUAUGACUUUAUUUUUGCUGUUUCGAAGGAAGAAGAGGAGAAAGCAUUGCUCAGCAAAAGAAAGAACUCGAAGGAGGGAAGGACUUUCAUUAACUAUUCCACUUACCCCACAGGAGCCAGCGCUACUGGUUUGGUUAACACAGAUAGACCUGUUGGGAUCACUUCCCUGAAAACGGCAAGCCAUUUCCGAAGCGUGUCCACUCUGGAAAUUCUUUCUAUCCGUCUAAACCGGAACACUUGCCAGAUGCUGGGAAAUCUGCUCAGUUCUUGGGUUUCUUUAGAAAAGCUUGUCCUGUCUUUGAAUGGCUUAGGUCCCAAUAUCUUCAGCAUCCUUUCUGGGCUCCGGGCUCUUUCUCGCCACAGUGACCACCAUCUCCGUGCGGUGCACAUCAGUGAUAUGCUCUCCCAUGUCCCCUGCAUGAAUCUUGUCCACUCUAUUUUGAGUGCCGUUCCGUUGCUUCGGGUGCUUAUGGUCAGCUUUGAUCUCAAAACUCUGAUGGAAUGGAGCAGGCCAGAAGCGAACUUGGACUCUCCAUCUUUGGAAGAAGAAAUUCCAGAGAGCCAACUGGAACAUCUUGAGAUAAGAUUUCCCAGGGAACCUCUUCCAACAAGCCUCUUGAUACCUGUGCUGAAAGCCUCAAGGUCUCUCCAGAGUCUCUCUCUAGACAGCGCUACAGUUUCUUGUCCCCAAGAGGUUGAGCUUCUCCUUCAUGCACUGAAAGAAUAUAGUCUAGUCCUGAAGAGGCUGAGCUUUCAUGAUAUCAAUCUUUCUUACCACUCAAAAGAUGUCCUCCUCCUUCUGCAGGACCCCAUCCUUCAAGAAAUCACCUUUUCCUUUUGUCGGCUGUUUGAAAACUGUACCACGGAGUUUCUGUCUGAAAUAAUAAACGCUGUGAAGAAGAACUCAUCUUUGAAGACCCUCAGGCUCCCUGGAAAUAGGCUUGGAAAUCACAGGUUGGUUGCACUGGCUGAUAUUUUUUCAGAAGAUUCAUCCGCUUCCAUUUGUCAUCUGGAUGUCAGUUCCAACUGCAUCAAACCUGAUGGGCUCCUGGAGUUUGCUAAGAAGCUGGAGAGUUAUGUAGCCCAACGUCCAGAACAGAUCAAGUUCACCAAACUCUGUCUCUCUCAAAACUGGCUGGACCAAGAUGCUUUAACGGCUCAAGAGGCUCUUCGGCGGCUCAAAGCUAUAUGCAGCGUGGUCAGUGACACAUGGGACUCCUCUCAAGCAUUUGCCGACUAUGUUAGUGUGAUGUGACAAGUG